CUUCUCGUAACUAAGAAAAGUAGUACGAAGGCGAAGAGAGAAGAGGAAGAGAGAGAGAGAGAGAGAGAGAGAGAGAGAGUGGUGGCGGUGAUGGGUCAAGACAUAGACGAUUUGCCAAAAAAUGCAGCCAACUUCACAGCUUUGACACCGCUUUGGUUUUUGGACAGAGCUGCUUUGGCUCACCCCGACAAAACUUCACUCCUCCAUGGAUCUCUACGCUACACGUGGCGUGACACUUACAACCGUUGCCGUCGAUUGGCCUCUUCUCUCUCUAAACACUCCGUCGGCCUCGGUUCCACGGUAGCCGUAAUUGCACCAAAUGUCCCAGCCCUGUAUGAAGCUCAUUUUGGAAUUCCAAUGGCUGGAGCUGUUCUAAAUGCUGUAAAUAUUCGUCUAAAUGCAUCAACCAUUGGUUUCCUUCUUGGUCAUUCAUUAGCUGCAGUAGUGAUGGUGGAUCAAGAGUUUUUUGGCUUAGCAGAAGAAGCUUUGAAAAUCUGGGCAGAGAAAAGCAGAAGUUUCAAGCCUCCACUUCUGAUUGUCAUAGGUGACAAAAACUGUGACCCCAAUGGACUCAAAUACGCUUUAGGAAGAGGGGCUAUUGAAUAUGAGAAAUUCCUGGAAGCUGGUGAUCCUGAGUUUGCUUGGAAACCACCAGAGGACGAGUGGCAGAGCAUUUCUUUGGGUUAUACAUCUGGUACUACUGCUAGUCCUAAGGGGGUGGUGUUACAUCACAGGGGGGCAUAUAUCAUGGCUAUGAGUAAUCCUCUUAUCUGGGAGAUGAAUGACAGACCUGUAUACCUAUGGACUCUGCCCAUGUUCCAUUGCAAUGGUUGGUGUUUCCCUUGGACUCUUGCUGCUAUUUGUGCAACAAGCAUAUGCCUUCGCCAGGUUAGGGCUAAGGAAAUCUAUUCAGCCAUAGCCAAACAUGGCGUGACACACUUUUGUGCUGCUCCUGUAGUUCUCAACAGCAUAGUUAAUGCUCCACCUGAAGAAACUAUCCUUCCCCUCCCUCGUACUGUUCAUGUAAUGACAGCUGGUGCAGCCCCUCCCCCUUCUGUCCUCCUUUCAAUGACUGAAAAAGGCUUCCGUGUCACACACACUUAUGGUCUCUCAGAAACCUAUGGCCCCUCCACUGUUUGUGUGUGGAAGCCUGAGUGGGACUCACUACCCCCUGUAACCCAAGCCCGUCUAAAUGCACGCCAAGGUGUUCGGUAUGUUGGUUUAGAGUGCGUAGAUGUUGUCGACUCUAAAACAAUGCAACCUGUUCCUGCUGAUGGAACUACAGUUGGGGAGAUAGUAUUCCGGGGUAAUAUUGUGAUGAAGGGCUACUUAAAGAACCCAAAAGCAAAUGAGGAGGCUUUUGCAAAUGGGUGGUACCAUUCGGGAGAUCUUGCUGUAAAGCAUCAAGAUGGAUAUAUAGAAAUUAAAGAUAGGGCCAAAGACAUCAUUAUAUCUGGAGGUGAAAACAUCAGUAGUGUGGAGGUAGAAAAUGCUUUAUACUUGCACCCAGCAAUUUUUGAGGUAUCAGUGGUGGCAAGGCCGGAUGAGAGGUGGGGUGAGUCUCCUUGUGCUUUUGUGACAUUGAAGCCUAAUGUAGAUAAAUCGGAUGAGCAGCGUUUGGCAAAAGAUAUACUAACGUUCUGCAAAUCUAAGUUGCCUGCUUAUUGGAUACCAAAGUCGGUUAUAUUUGGACCAUUACCAAAGACAGCUACUGGGAAGAUACAGAAGCAUUUGCUGAGGGCCAAGGUAAAAGAGAUGGGGCCUGUCAGGAAUAGUAAGCUAUAGCUCUUGAUGGUGACUGUAGAAAGAAAGAAGAAUAAGAGACUGCCUUUCAGUUCUUAACAUGUUUUUCUUUUGAUGGUUUGUACUUGUUGCAUCCAAUCCUACAAUCUCUUUGUUUCUAUUUGUAAGUGCCAUAUGUUGUGCUGGCAGAUUGUAAGAAAUUAGCUGGUUAUUCAGCAAAACAUUAUCCUAAUCUGGUACUGUAAUAACUUUGAAGACUUC